AAUUUUAUCUGUACACUCAAGAAUCAAAUGAUAAAAGUUUUCAAUAACAGGUGAAGUAUACUUCAUCAUCCUUUUAUUCAUGUAUGAUUCAGAAUCAAGUGACUUUGGAAAAUUUUAUCUGUGAUUUUUUGCUUGGCUGCCAGUGCUCUUGAAGCCGAAACUAUGACAACCAAAAGAAUUGCAGUUAUUGGAGCUGGGCCAACAGGUCUUUGUGCAAUAAAAUGUCUUUUGGAAGAAGGUAUGGAACCAGUCUGUUUCGAAAGAACAAAUCACAUUGGAGGACUCUGGAGGUAUCACGAUGAAGAUAUCGAAGGACUGGCAUCAGUUAUGAAAACCACCGUUAUCAAUAGCAGUAAAGAGAUGACAGCUGUAAGUGAUUUUCCUCCCCCAGAGGAUGCACCAAAUUACAUGCAUAAUAAGCAAAUUUAUAAUCUACUUAAAACGUACUCAGAGACAUUUGAUGUUGAAAAAUAUGUACAUUUUCAUAAGGAAGCGGUCGAGGUGAAUAUGGCUGAAAAUUAUGAAGAAACUGGACGUUUGCUGGUCGUUGUAAGAGACACUGAAACUCAGGAAACAUCAAAAGACAUUUAUGAUGGAGUAAUGGUAUGCAUUGGCCAUCAUGUUUAUCCAAACAUUCCAGCCUUCCCUGGAAUAGAAAAAUUGAAAGGAAAGAUUAUGCAUACCCACAGUUUGAAAAAAAUUGGUGAGUUUGAGGAUCAAGUCGUGGUCGUCGUUGGCGUCGGAAAUUCUGGAAUGGAUGCUGCUGUUGAAAUAAGUACUGUAGCAAAACAAGUAUACCUUAGCAGCAGGAAAGGAACAUGGGUUUUGCCCCGUGUGGGCCCAAAAGGUUUUCCACUGGACGUGGCUUUGACUAGCCGUUUCACGAAUAUACUCAUGCACAUACUUCCUUAUUUUCUGGUUUGUUGGUUUUCUGAAAAAGUUUUAAAUUACAGCUUUGAUCAUGAAAUUUACAGUCUUAAACCUAAGCACAGAAUUUGGAGCCAACAUCCUACAGUCAGUGAUUCACUUCCACUGAAAAUCCUCACUGGAAGAGUUUUGGUACGAAAGAACAUUCGAGAAUUCAUUGAAAAUGGCGUUAUUUUCGAGGAUGAAGAUGAUGUAACGGAAUGCGAUUCAGUAAUUCUAGCAACAGGUUAUAGAAUUCAGUUUCCUUUCCUUAAUGAAAAAUUAGCAACCAUAAAGAAUAAUGAAGUGCAUCUGUAUAAAUAUAUCUACCCACCACAUUUGAAACAUCCGACUUUAGCCAUUGUAGGAUUAAUUCAGUCUGUGGGUGGAGGGUUCCCUAUUGGUGAAGCCCAAUGCCGAUGGAUAUCUUUAGUUUUCAAGGAUAAAAUGAAACUGCCUUCAAGGGAAGAGAUGGAGGCUGACAUUAAGCGUAAAAAAGAAUUCAAUGAAAAACGAUACGUUAAAUCUGAAAGACAUACCAUUCAAGUGGACUACAUAGAUUAUUUAGAUGAAAUUUACACCAUGAUGGGAGCAAAGCCAAACUUAUUUAAGAUGUUUUUCACUGACCCAGUCUUAUUUUUUACCUUAUUCUUUGGACCUUCACUACCGUACCAAUACAGGCUACAAGGACCUCACGCUUGGCCGGGUGCAAGAAAAUCUAUAUUGGAAUGGAAAAGAAGAGUGAUUAAGCCUCUGAAAAAAGACUAUAAUUCACAACCAUAUUUAGCAGAGCUUAAUGUUCUCAAAUAUGUUUUCAUUAUGUUCAUAAUUUGUGCUAUUCUUUUCUUGGGCACUGGACUUGUCUCUAAAACAGAAUUUUAAAUACAUGCUUUAUAAUAAGAGUACCUUCGGCUUACAAAAAAUAUCAUUUCAGUUUUUAGGUUGUAAAUUCACGAUGAAUACAUUUAAAUUUGUACUGAUUUUGUAGUUUUUGAAUUACUUCGCUCACAUCGAAAGUGCUUAUACAUCAGGAGUUUAAUAUAUUAAUGUUUAAAUUGUAUAUAUCGAUAUUUAAUAAAAUGAAAUUAUCAGAGAUUGAAAGCUGUGUGUUAAAAUUAGAGUGAAGCUCUUAACAUGCAAGAAUUUUAAUUCUGUUAUACAGUAAUAAGACUCUAAGUAAUAAAAAUAAGACCCAUUU